AUGGUGAGCUCACCCUUCACUUCCAAUCGGAUGGCUACCCAGCCCACGGUUCAUCCCACAUUCACUCAGGCCUUGGUGGCUGGUGGCCUAGCAGGAACAUCCGUAGAUCUUUUAUUCUUCCCAAUCGAUACAAUCAAGACUCGAUUACAAUCGUCGCAAGGAUUCAUCAAAGCUGGUGGACUUGGAGGGAUCUAUAGAGGAGUUGGAAGUGUAGUUAUUGGAAGUGCUCCAGGAGCGGCGAUAUUUUUUACAACGUACUCGACACUAAAACAGAACUUACCAAUUGACACAACCCAUCCGCUGAACCAUGUUGUUGCCGCGUCUAUUUCAGAAGUAGCAGCAUGUUUAGUCCGAGUACCCACUGAGGUUGUCAAAUCUCGCACACAAACUUCAGCCUAUGGUGCUGGAGUAUCUUCGUUUGGAGCCUUUCUGAAAGUGGCCCAAUCUGAGUCUCUCGGGGGGCUUUACAGAGGAUUCGGCUCUACUGUAAUGAGAGAGAUUCCAUUUACCUCGUUACAAUUCCCAACGUACGAGUUUCUCAAGAUAAAGCUUGGUAAAACACUUGAUCGUCCGAUCGACCCCCAUGAGGCUGCACUGUGUGGAAGUCUGGCAGGGGCCAUUGCUGCAUCAGCUACAACCCCACUCGACGUCCUUAAGACCAGAAUCAUGUUGGAUGUGAAAGAUGCUCCAGAAAGGAGAUUAUCCCUUACGUCAAGAUUGAUCCAAAUAUAUCAGGCCGAAGGUUUGAGAGCACUGUUUGCCGGAGUGGUGCCUCGUACGCUCUGGAUUUCAGCGGGCGGCGCCGUAUUUUUGGGAGUAUGGGAGUGGGGGGUGAAGGUUCAACAAAGUAGUGUAGGAAUAUGA